AUGUCAUCUUCAAAUAUCACAAAUUUAAACUGUUCAUUUAUUGAAAAUCUUUUGUUAAAUCCCCUUUUUGGAUUAAUUACCUGGGUUCAAUUAAUUAUUUUAUUUAUUUUGUUCACGUCUUCCGCAGUGCUUUUUCGUCAAUUUAGCAAAGCUAAAAUACCUUUACAUUCAAAUUUAACGUUGCUAGUAUUUAAUGCUAUUAUAUUUUAUUUAAUUAAUGCGUCCUUCUGGGCAGCUAAUAUAAUUCGCUACAAGGUGAAUUAUUUUAAAAUUUUUGUAAAUUUUAUUUUUGGAGUUAAUUAG